AUGGCCGUCCUCACGCAGUAUGACUGGAUCAUCGCCAUAAUCAGUAUUGCCUUCUGCGGCAGUUCCUUCGGAAACGGCGCCAACGAUGUCGCCAACUCCUAUGCCACCUCCGUGGCCGCCCGGACCCUGACCAUGCCCCAGGUCGGAGCUCUGUCCAUGUUGACCGAGUUCUUCGGCGCCGUCGUCCUCGGUUCUCGCGUCACCGGAACCAUCAAGAACGACAUUAUCGGCCUCGACCGCUUCCGUCAGACCCCUGCCACCCUCAUCCUGGGCAUGGGUUGUGCCGAGUUUGCCAGCGCUUUCUGGCUGCUCGCCGCUACCAAGAUGGGCUACCCCGUUUCCACCACCCAGACCAUUGUCGGUGCCUUGGUCGGUGUCGGUAUCGCUGCCGAAGCCGGCGUCUCUUGGUCCUGGAAGGACGGCAGCGUCUCCCAGGUCGCUGCGUCUUGGGUCAUUGCUCCCUUCAUCUCCGCCGUCUUCGCCGCCGUGCUCUUCGGCAGUCUCAAGUUCACCAUCCUUGAGCGUCAGAACUCUUUCGAGAAGGCCAUGAAGGCCAUUCCCUUCUACCUGGCCUUCACCGCUGCCGUCCUUGCUCUUUUCAUUACCAUCGAGGCGCCGGGCGCCCCCUCCCUUGAGGAGCUCGGUGCUGGCAAGGCAUGCGGUAUCAUCUUCGGCGUCUUCUUCGGUGCUCUUCUCCUCGCAUACGGCUUCUUCAUGCCCUACGUCCACCGAAGACUCGUCAAGGAGGACACCCGCAUCCGCCUUCGCCACAUCUUCCUCGGCCCCCUACUCUACAAGGAGAACUGCCCCAUCUACCUGCCUGCCAAGGGCAAUGAGAUCGUCAUCGACUACUACGCCAACACCGAGGUGCCCGCCGAGAACCAGCCCGAUGUUGAGAAGCACGCGGCCAAGACCGAGAACAACACCGGCAAGGACGAGAAGGCCGUCAACAACGAUAACUCCCCCAUCACUCCCGCACCCCUGUCCCUCGAGGAUAUCGAGCGCGGCAAGAAGGCCCCCGAGGGCGGCGCCGUCGUUGGACAGUACAAGCGCCAGCCUGAGCCCGAGGAGCGCUUCCUCGCCCCGACCGCCCACCUCCCCAUCCACAACCCCAAGCGCAUCUGGAGCUUCGUCAAGUACUUCUUCCUUCAGGGCGUCACGCGGGACUGCGUGAGCCACGCCAACGCCCAGCUCGCGGCCGUCCACGGCAAGGCCAAGCAGUACGACAACCGCGUCGAGCACCUGUGGACCUACGCCCAGGUCGCCAGCGCCAUGAUGAUGUCCAUCGCUCACGGUUCCAACGAUGUUGCCAACGCUGUCGGCCCCUGGAUCGCCGCGUAUCAGGUCUACCAGACCGGCGAGGUCAGGGAGGACGGCGAGAGCCCGAUCUGGAUUCUCGUCGUCGCUGGUUUCCUCCUCGGUGCCGGUUUCUGGUUCAUGGGUCACCACAUCAUCAAGGCCAUGGGUAACAAGCUCACCAAGAUGAGCCCUGUUCGCGGUUUCUCCAUGGAGCUGGGUGCCGCCAUCACCGUCUUGCUCGCCAGUCGUCUUGGUCUCCCCGUCAGCACGACCCAGUGCCUGACUGGUGCCGUCGUCGGUGUUGCCUUGAUGAACUUUGACGUCGGUGCCGUCAACUGGCGCCAGGUUGCCUUUGUCUUCUCUGGUUGGUUCAUCACCCUGCCCUGCGCGGGUCUGAUUGGUGGUCUGUUGAUGGCCAUGUCCCUCAACACUCCCCAGUUCGGACAGGGAUAA